GAAAAAUCAAAUGAGUGAACGAAAGAAAUAAGGAGGGAAGGGAGAGAGAGAGAAAGAAAGAAAGAGAGCUCGCGUGCAGCUCCAUGGUCACUCGAAUACUGGAAGAACGCGAAUACGUUUUGGAUUCGACUUUUCUUGGAGAGCACCUGUCCAAAAAAAAAACAGCGUCUGUUGGCGUGCCAGAAGCAAACAGUCAUGCACCUGAACCGAGAGGACGAGGACGGGAAAGGUUCAUUGUCUCUGAGUGUGUUCCUGAUAUCGGUGGGUUUAACUGUGUGUGUCGUAUGGCUGGUGGCGCUGUGCGGGGUCUGUGGAUGGUGCCAACGCAAACUGGGGAAGAGGAAUAAGCCGGGGGUCGAGACAGCGGGAACUCCAGACUCCGUUUCGGUGUCGGGAAGAGGCCGAGGAGAAAAUAAAGCCAUCAAUGAUUUAGACAGGGACUUUUGGAAUAAUAACGACAGCAGUAAUGUGCAGCAGCGUUGGAGCUCAUACCCGCCCAAGGAGUUUCUCUUAAACAUGUCACCCUACGCUCCCUACGGAGACCCUCGCCUCACGCCAAAUGGAACGCUGGAUAAAAGGGAGGUGGGCGGGGGGGCAGCGGGUGGUCCGAGUCGCAGUGACAGCUGCAUAGGUGCAGGGACCAGCAGGUCCGGGAGGUGGCAAACUCUCCAGAGCCACCUGCAUUCUGGAAGCUUGAGACCCAGCAAUUUUGGGGACCCCUCCCUGUCCACCACCUCCACCCUGGAGCACAUCCCGUCCUCAGCAGCUCGCCCCAGGCCCUUGGUCAGGCAGCAAAGCCUCCAGCAGCCCCUAACCCACCAGCCCCCGCCAGGCCCCAACGACCCCCCGGUCACCUCCCAGAGUCUUGGUCAACUGCACACUGGCCCUGGGGGUGGGGGCCCCCGGGGGGGCCCGCGGGGGGUGCGUGGUAGCCCGGCUGGGGCAGGGGCGUCCCGCUACAGGUCGGCCGGAGGAGCACGAUCGCGUUCUAAUCCCGGAAGCUGGGACCACGUGAUGGGACAGAUUCGAACCAGAGGCAUGGACGUCAAGUCAUUCCUAGAGGGCAAGAUGGUCGUUCUGUCUCUAGCAAUCGGAAUGGCCGAGCAAGACGACUUUGCCAACCUUCCAGACCUACAGGAGGCGCCAGCGGACAUAGAAGCAUCUCAAACUGACAAAAGACCUGCUGGUAACAAACCCGGUAGCAGUCCCAAGGGCCAGACCCCAGACGAGAGCAACCGCCGGACAGAUGCCAACUCCUCCGUCUCAGACCUGGCCAACUCCGUCACCAGCGACAUGCUGAUGUUGUCCCCAGGCUCUGAAGAAGAGGAACACGAAGGACCAGUGUGUGAGAAGCUGGGUCGCAUCCAGUUCAGCGUGGGCUACAGUUUUCAGGACUCCACCUUAACAGUGAAGAUUCUGAAGGGUCAGGACCUACCUGCCAAAGACUUCUCUGGAACGUCAGACCCGUUUGUAAAACUAUACCUUUUGCCAGACAAGAAGCACAAACUCGAGACCAAGGUCAAAAGGAAGAACCUCAACCCUCACUGGAACGAGACCUUUCUGUUUGAAGGGUUUCCAUACGAGAAGGUGGUCCAGCGUACAUUGUACAUGCAGGUGCUGGAUUAUGACCGUUUCAGCAGAAAUGACCCUAUAGGAGAAGUGUCCGUCCCUCUGAACAAGAUUGAUUUGGCCCACAUGCCGACAUUCUGGAAAGAGCUGAAACCCUGCAGCGAUGGCAGUGGGAGUCGAGGUGACCUGCUUGUGUCCCUGUGUUAUAAUCCCACGGCCAACAUCAUCACUGUCAGCAUCAUCAAGGCACGCAAUCUCAAAGCCAUGGACAUUGGAGGAACAUCUGACCCUUACGUCAAAGUGUGGCUGAUGAACAAAGAUAAACGAGUGGAGAAGAAGAAGACGGUGGUGAUGAAGAGAUGUUUGAAUCCUGUGUUUAACGAGUCGUUCCCAUUUGAUGUCCCCGCUCACGUCCUCAGAGAAACCACCAUUGUCAUUACAGUCAUGGAUAAGGACAAACUGAGUCGCAAUGAUGUCAUAGGCAAGAUCUAUCUCUCGUGGAAGAGCGGCCCAGCAGAGGUUAAACAUUGGAAAGACAUGAUGAGCCAUCCACGCACUGCCGUUGCCCAAUGGCAUGCUCUCAAAGCUUGAAGGAUCUGCCCACCAAAAGUAAACAACAUCUUCAAAACCCUGUUGAUAUGCACAAGUUUAGACACGGGUACCAAAAGCCAUCCAACUUUCUUUCUUUCUCUCUCUUUUUCUCUCUCUUCCUCUCUUCCUUCUCAGUUUUCCUGCAGUUUGAUUUCGAAGACUCUAAUUUAUUCACAACUUUUAUUUAUUUUUCUCCACCAAAAAGAGGCUAAGCACUGCCAAGAAGUCCGGGAGAGAAAGUCUUGUAAAGCAGAAGUAAACAGACUCGUCUUCCUUGAGAAAACGUUUGACAACUCAGCUGUUCGGCUGGACCGCAAGCAGUGUGACUUCUAACACCGCUGAACUCGAAACGGCUCGAACAAUUCCCUGAACAGACCCUUUUAUCACCAUGUUUCUUGUCUCGCCCCUCUCGCGCCGUCUCUCUACGCGUACGAAAAGAUCCGCCAGGAUCGCAACCACAGUGCAAUACCUUGUUAAAAGAGGGACGAACUUGUUGUUUGUCGGAUUUUGUCAUCCCUUGAUGUGUUUUUUUUCUGAACCGUGUAGAAAUUGCUCUUUGCUGGAACUCUUUGUUGUCUGUAUGUACAGUGGGUGCUGUUCUGUGAAAGAAAAAAGAGGUCUUGUUUAAAAAAAAUAAUAAUUCAAAGUCACUUUAUCUGACCAAUUCGAGUGCUUAUGGGAAACACGUUUGAACGAUUUUAGAACAUUCCAAUUUUUGUGUAAAAAAACGACACGAUGACAAAAUCGAAAAUUGUAACAAUCGGUGUUUGCAGGUUGGGUCCGAAACAUACUCUGCGCAAAUACGUGAAUGCCAAAUGCUUCUUCGUAAUGUCAUUUUUACUGAUUGCUACAUUCAGAAAUGCUCUUCUACGGUCAGGUCAACUUUUGUUGAGAACAAAGUUUUGAGACAAUCUUGGUGAGCGAAUAAUUUUAAGUUAAAACUUAAAUUUUUUUACAAGCUGCCUGAAUAAAAACAAUAUGGUUUAAGUCACAGACAUUGUAUUGUUAACUCUAUAACUUGUGUACAUUCAACAAGCCGUUUGCUUUUUGUGCUUUAGCAGCGCAUUCGUUUUGUUUCUUGCGUAUGAUAUGUUUUCAGCCCACAGUCAAACCAAACGGCCAUUUUAACUCUUUCCCCGGCAUUCUCCGGCCCGACGAGUUAACGCGUGAAGGAAAAUGCUUCCCUGCCAAUGACAAGUUUUUCCGGCAAUCCGUAUUUCUGCUACUAUCCACCAGGUGGCGAUCUUACCCAACUUAUAACUCCGUGUAUGUUUUGAUCAUCGCUCUGAAUCUGAUCUCUUCCCAAAAAUCAGUUAUCUUACUUUUUUGGUAUUUUUGAAGAAACCCACUCAUAUUUGAGAGGCGAUAAAAGGGAACAAAUGAAGGUAGGAUAAAACUUUUUUUUAAAGCAGAGGCUCUCUUCUUUUAUUUGAUAUAUUGUAUGUUUAGAUAUUUAAAGAAGAACAUUUUCAGGAAGGCAGUAAAGUCAUAAAAUAUGCUGGCGUUAAAAACGCUGGCGGGGAAAGAGUUAAAGUUUCUUCCAGAGAGUGAUGGACAGGAUAAGAAUUAGUGUUUGAAGUGUUUACGUGUUAGCAUAGAAGCCAUUUGUGAACACUGAGUAGAGUACUUUUAUUUUGAGCAGCAUUGUUCGUCUAAUGUACACAUCUUGCACUGGAUUGCAUCAACCACUUAACCAGUAUGCAAUGACACUGCCAAUGUGAGUUCAACCGCUGCCAAGAUGUUUCUCAUUUAUUUUUCGCACAUUUCAAAAAGGGCUGAAUGAGUUCUUAACGUCUCUCAAAAAUAACAUUUUAAAUGAACUAAUCGUAAUACAAAAAAGAAAAGUAGAACUGGAAAACAACGCAAGGAAUGUUAUUGUACGAUUUUUUUGUGUGUGUUUGUACGCAUUUGUCGCUGUCUGUAUUCGUCUGUGUUGAGGAUUGGAUAACAAAGGUCAUACGAUUUAAACAGUUUAGUUUAAUCUUUGCUGCCUUCAAGUUUUUUGUACACUCGUACCUAAAGGGAUAGAUGUUGAAAAAUGAAAACUCUGUGAUUGUUUACUCUGUGGAAAACAAGAUCAUAUUACGAUGAACAUCAGAGCUUUUUUUGGAUGAUUUAUGACAGUAUGACAUCAUAGUUCUUCAAGUGAUUUUGAUCAGGAUAAAAUAUUUGUGCGAUUUCAAAUUUAUUUAUUUAUAUAUUACUUCCUGACCGUUUUCAUGCCUGCAAGAGCCAUAGUAAUGCAACAAAAUUAAAAACUGAACCAAAUCUUGCAAGUUUUCUAAUCACACACUGCAAAAAAAUGACUUUCUUUCUUAGUCUUGUUUUCGAUAGAAAUAUAAAAAAAAUCUUAAAUCAAGAUGAAUUUUCUGGAUGAGCAAAAUGACCUAAGAAAAUAAGUCUAGUUUUUAGACAAAAAAAUUAAAUUUAAGUGAACGUAAGAAAAAAUCUGCAAGUGGGUUAAGAAAAAAAAUCUUGAAAUAAUUUUACUUUUUGCUUAAACACUUAAUUCAAGAAAAAAGCCUUAUCCUAUUGACAGAUACUUUUGCUAUUUUUAAGCACAAAUUCACUUAAAUUUGAUGUUUUUUGUCUAAGAACUGGACUUAUUUUCUUAGGUCAUAAUCAAGAAAAUACAUCUAACUGAAUUUGUGCUUAAAACAAGCAAAAAAAAAAUCUGCCAGUGGAAUAAGAUUUUUUUCUUGAAUUAAGUGUUUAAGAAAAAAGUAAACUUACACUGCAAAAAAUGAUUUUCAAGAAAAAAGUCUUAGUAUUUUUGUCUUGUUUUCAGUAAAAAUUUCUAGAAAUUCUUAAAUUAAGAUGCUUUUUCUUAAUGAGCAAAACGACCCAAGAAAAUAAGUCUAGAGUUUAGACC